UACUGAGAGUGGAGGAAUCUGUCCACACCGCAAAGGUACACAAAGAGGAAAGGUUAGAGUGACCACGAGCACUGUAGCUUGGCACUCUCAAAUCUAGUUGCUGAGGAUAUCUGGUGACAGAGACCAAGCCCCUGCUGCAGGAGUCUGUCCCCAAGCUUGAACUUUGCUGUUUCGUCCAGCAGGUGUCUACAGCACAGUAGGCUUCAAGCCCCUGGCUGAGUUUCAUUGGAACAGCUCUUAGGAAGAAUUUCAGUUUGGGGACAGAAUGGCUGCUGAGCAAAUGGACAUCACCAUAGAUCCUGAAAGCACCCCUGAGCUGGUGGUUCUAAACCUAGGAAAAAUCACUCUUGGGGUAAAAAGUAAGGAGGAAACGAAGGUUUCUCCUAAGAAACAGAAUACAAGGAUUUUAAGAGCUGUGUGUGCUCUGCUGAAUUCUAGAGGGGGCAUGGUAAAGGCUCUUAUUGAAAAUGGGGACUAUAAUUUCAACAGUUAUGGACUAUGGAAAGAUUUGGAUACCUCUUUGAGGGCUAUUUCGCCACUUGUUCAGAGAUACCUAGAUUUCAAGCAGGAAAGAGGCUACUUUUUCAUCUCUGUGAAAUCGUGGAGUCCGGAUAUCUCUGGUUUGCAGCUUGCCACCAUUGCAACCAAUUUGUACAUAAGAAAUGGGACCUCCUGUGCUCAAAUGGACUUGCAUACUGCUCUGCAAUUCUUCAAAGACAAAGCCAACCCUGGACUAAGAUCGCCAAUAAAGAGGUUGCUUGACAAAAUGCCUGGUGAAGAUGUUUUAGAAGAACUCGGGCAAGAAGCUCUCUAUGUUCAAGAAGAACUCCAUGUGCAAGAGCUGGCUGCUGCUUUUUUUGACCAGACUAUACUCACAGAAAUGGCAAAAUUCUCCUUUAGUGAAUCCAAAAAUGUUGAAUAUAAGUCAUUUGGAACAGAUAAGGUGGUACAACGAGUUAAAGACGCUCUCCCUCGAAUUGUCUCUGCAUUUGCCAACACUGACGGAGGAUAUCUGUUUAUUGGUUUGGAUGAAGAGAAAAAGCAAAUAAUUGGUUUUAAAGCCAAUGAGAAUGAUCUGGUGCAUCUAGAGAGUGAAAUAGAGAAGUAUAUCCAACGGCUGCCUGUCACUCACUUCUGUGAGGAGCAGGAGAAGAUAAAGUACACAUGCAAAUUUAUUCAAGUCCACAGACAGGGAACUGUGUGUUCAUAUGUCUGUGCGCUCAGAGUGGAGAGAUUCUGCUGUGCUGUGUUCAUUAAAAAUCCUGAUUCCUGGCAUGUGGAAGAUGGCUGUUUGAAGAGGUUUACCGCGGAGGAAUGGGUCAAGCAUCAGAUGGCUAGCAGGUUAGAGUCAAGAAGGGAACUUAACAUUUAGAAUACAAUUUGCUAGUUGCUAGUUGGAAGACUUUCUUUGGGAUUUGGAGCAAGGUCAUUUGUCCUGACUUUACUCGGUGAUCCACAGUGGAGCCCAGACGUCUCAACUGCUUCUGCCAUUUACCCAGGGCAUAGCUUCCUCUCACCCUGGAUAUUACCCAGCCACCUCUACUUGUGUGUAAAGAAAGCUCCCACAUCUCCCCACUCGGGCUCCAUCCCAAGCAGUAGGCAUUUCUUCAGCCAUCUUGCCUCCGUUGUUAGCUGAUUCAUCCCCACCCCUUUCCCGUUGACUUUUCUCCCUGAACCCUCUUCCCUUUCAGUCACGUUGUUAGACAAUAGACAGCCCUAGAGUUUAUUAUGAGAAAUGGGCAUUGCUGGUGUGUCAGGUUUGCAAAAGAAAAGCCUCUAAUGAGGCCAGAUCAACACCAGCAACUCCGAAUCUGCUCAGCUCCCAGCUGCUGCUGCCAUCUCCUCCCAUGCCUAUCAGUGCUUCACCAGCCGCCAUCUUCUGUUUUCCACAGCUUUUUCAAUAAAUAGAUAAACAAAGAAAAGCCUCAACAAUGUGCUCACAGUGGACAAUCUUCUUUGUGAGAAACUGUCCAAUGAUUUUGGGCCCCAUUAGCUCUAGGUCAGAGUUGAGAAAGUUUUGACUUUAAAUGACAAGCAUCCUACGGAAAAUUCCAACUCCAGGGUCCAAAGCCAAGGCUGCCGGACUCCAAAGUCCAUGUCAUCCUCUGUGCCUCUCUGCCCACAGCACAAUGAGUGCCAUGCAGCUCCAUGUUGACAGUAAUUGCCUGAUUUACGUUGAGAAGAAGGAAUACACUUAUAGUAUCUUGUAUCAACUAAGAUUAUUCCUCUUCGGUACUAAAACCUUUAUUUAAAGCCUAAUGUUUACUCAAGUGAGUUAAAUAGCAGGAGAUGUUCAGAAAAAUGCAUUAUAUACACUAAGAAAUUUAAAAAUGUAAUUGUCACCAAAAAAUUCUAUAGGACUGCACUACAGAAAAAUUAACAAGUAGAGAACCAUAAAAGAAGACCCAUUUUUAUUCUCUCUGAUACAACAGAAUGAGCCACAGUUGUUUUUUACUUUAUUUGUCUCUGUAUCCAGAUGCAUUUUGGCUGAGUUGUCAUCAUAGGCACACUCCAUCUGCUGCCCAUUUGGGCUGAUGUUCCACAGCCCCUUCCCACUCUGCAGUUUCCCACAUGGCAGACAGAGCAUCUUCCAGGUCACAGCCUAGUUACAGCAGGUCCUUGGUGCCUAUGAGCA